AUGGAUCCCAAUGCCUUCAUGAUGGGAGGUGGUAUGCAGAUGCAGCAGCAAAGACCACAGCCCCUGAACGACCACAACCCCAACGAGCUCUUGGCCAGGAUCGUGCAGGAACUGAGCAAGAACCCCAUACAAACCGGCUGGCAGGCCGGCCUUGAUCUUCGCACUCGUGCUGCCUGUAUCUUGAAUCUGGUGAAAGCACUGCGCGUGCUGAACAACCAAGAGAAUGUAAAUGGCGCCGUCAACAUCGCCAUGCGCUUCGAGCGGCAGAUCAUCACCAACAGCCCCUCAGAGGAAGAAUGGAUGGCCGGCAUCAAGUCGAAGUUGGGCGAGAUCAGCGUUGCCCAUCAAGCACACAGAGAAAAGAUCCGAAUUUUGCAGCAGCAACAGCAGCAGCAGCAACAAGCCAUGGCCAUGCAAAUGCAACCUAGCCGUUCACAGCAAGGUGAAUUGGCUCCUCAAGUGCCCAUGGCGCCACAGAUGAUGGGUCAGAUGAACAUGCAACCACAGAUGCAACAGCAGCAACAAAUGCAGCAAGGGCAGCAACAACAACAAAUGCAACAACAGCAGCAGCAGCAGCAGCAAGGACAGGGCUUCUCUGCCGAGGAACAAAAGCAAAUCUCGAAUCUGGCCCGCAACAUGAUCAAUCAAGUACCGGAAGAUCAACGGAACAUGAUGCGUCAGCGUUUGAUGUCGGCCAUUCCCCCUCAGCAGAGAGAGCAUUACCAGCGCCAAGGUGUUGAUCCUGUCGUCAAACACUUCCAGAGUAUCGCCAUCAAGAAGUUUGUCCAAGAGAAGCAAAGGAGGGCACAACAAGCUGGUGGUCCGAUCGACUUUUCAUCCUUUGCUGGUCAGCAGGCAGACGCCAUGAAGAUGGCCGAUCAAGGCCAACUUGUCGUCCCAGCCAGUAACAACAACAUGGGCAUGGAUCCGGCACCUGCUAACAUGGCCAAUAUGGGCCAGAUGAACAUGCAGCCGGCCUUGCAGAACAAUCAACAGCAAAUUCAGAACAUGAUGGCUCAGCGACAACAACAAACUCAUGCUCAGAUGCGCAAUAAUCAGAUGCAGCAACAGGCGCAUGCUCAAGCCCAGGCUCGUAAUGCUGCACAGCAACAAGCGCAGCAACAGAUGCUCAGAGGACAACCCGGCGGUCUCAACACCACCCAACCCCCUCAACAGAGUCCUGCCAUGUCAAUGCUCAAUCGACCCAUGGCUCCACCUGGCCAACCCGCUCAAACACCUUCACAACCCCGCGCCCAGGCUGCUCCUCAGCUCAACCAGCAGAUGAAUCCUCAGAUGAUGGCUCAAUUCAGCCAGCAGAUUGCGAACAAUCCCAAUCCUUUCCCCACAUCAAAACCAGAUCUACAACUACCAGCAAAUAUGCAGUUCCCGCCAGGCGUACGAGAGAAGAUUCAAGGCAUGCCCCCUGAAAAACAGCUUGAGAUUAUCCAGAAGAUCCGCAAUACACAGCAGCAGCAACAACAACAGUCUGCAAACCAAGUCCACGCCGCGCAGCAGAUGAUGAUGAACAAUAUGACUCCUGGAGUACCUAUGACUCAACAAGGCUUGCAAACUGGCGCCAUGGGUAUGCCUUCGCAAGCGCCUCUAAACCCUCAGCAACAAAUGGCUAUGGGCAUGUCUGGAGCCACCAACCAUCAACAAGUUCAGCAGAGGCUCAUGAUGCAGCGGCAACGCGAGAUGGAUGCUAAAGACUUCCCACCGAAAUUGAUGAAUGACACUUGCGCAGUGCCACCAAACGUCAAGACCUGGGGUCAGCUGAAAGAGUUCGUGCAACAAAACCAGCAAAGCCUUCCUCCAGGCGUCAUGGACAAGGUCCGUAAAAUGCAGUUGUUCGUCAUUCAAAAGCAACAAGAGGUUGCGGCGAACAACGCAAACGGAAUGCCUGGAAAUCAGAUGCCCGGCCAGCCUCCUACCGCUCCUGGUCUCAAUCAAGCCCCUCCCGCUCAAAUGGUUCCUCAAGCACCCCAGAUGGGCGCGAAUCCGGGAAUGCCUAACAUGAACCAGCAUCCCCAGAACACUUUCAACCUGGACAACAUGCCUCUGCCUCCAGUCACGGACCAAGAGUUGCAAGUUUUCAAGGCGAGGUACACCAAUACACAGGGAUGGUCAACUGAGCAGCUGCGAGUUACUAUUGGGAAGAUGAAGUUACAGUCACAGUUAGCCAAGCAGCAGCAGCAGCAGCAGAAUCCUGCUAUGGUCCAGCAACAACAACAGAUGAUUGCAAUGCGACAAAUGCAGCAGCAGUCGGGCACACCAGGUAUGCCGGCCCAGAAACCUAUGGCUCCUACAGUGCCUCAAAUGGGUCCUCAGUCAGCCCCCAUGCAGCCUCAGCGAUCUCAACAGCAGAUGGCGAUGAUGCAGCAGCAGCAGAACAUGCCCACCAAUCAGAAGGGACAGAAGCGACCAGGAGCUAACGACGAUGUUAUCGAGAUCCCUAAUCCAAACCAGUCACCUCAAAGGCCUGCAGCAGUCAACGGGCAGCAGCAGAAGAACCAGAAGCCAACUAUGCAGCUUGAUCCCGAACAGCUCAAGAACUUGCACCCUGAUAAGAUCAAGAACAUGCCUCCGGAGCAGCGUGCUGUCAUGCAGCAGUCAAUGCAACAACUGCAACAGAAGAUGCAAAUGGAGGCCUUGAAGAGGGCUCAAUCUUCCACAAGCCAGCCUCAGAAGGUGGUAGAUGGUCAACAGCAGGGCGAACAAGCUCAACAAGUCCCUUCGGUACCGCAGACUCAGCAAGCCAAGAUCCAAGGCGGUCCAUCAUCUGCGCAAGCUUCGAAUAUGAAGGUACAGCAACAAAGAGCCAGGUUGGCUGCUAUAACACAAGAGACACAAGCGAAUUACCGCAAAGGUCCUCCUCAGGAAGUCACCGAAGCCAGCUUGAACGAGGUGGUUACGAAACUGCGCGGCUGUCGAGACAUGAUUGUAAAGCUGGAUAAGAUGCUGCCUACUGCCAUGACAUUCGUCAACGACCGAAUCGUUCACACGAUCUGCCUCGAGAGAGCCAAGCUCCUCGGAGAGAUGAGCUUGGAUGGUAGUAUCAACUCGUACAUCUCACUGUCGACACAGCAGAUCGGCGAGGCCGAAGGCAGAAUUCGUGCCUUCAUCAUGCAAUGUUUGACGCACAUACAGAAGUUGAAGACGACCUCUUCGCCUGAGCAAUUGCAGCAAAACGUGGAUCAAGCGAAGCCUCCGCAAGCGCACAUGGCAGCUACAGCAGCCAUGGCACAAGCGGGAUCAAAAGGUGGUGAUCGAUCGAAACCACCUCCAGCGCCCACAUCAGCCGUGCCUCCCCCAUUUCCUGCCAGCCACGCAUCGCCACACGGUCUUCCCGUCUAUGAUGGUAGCUUCCAAGGACUCACACCCGACAAGCUCCAGCUUCCAGCCAACAAACGCAGAAAGACCGGUCAACCUGGCAGCUCAGCUUCUACACCUGCGAAUGCAGGUACGACUCCUGGUAGCAUGCCCAGCCCGAACAUCAAGAUGCAAAGCCCCGAUGACAAGAGGCGUCAAGUUCAACCCAAGGUUGAGCCACCGAGAGGUCCGGAGAAGAAGUACAAGUGCGCUGAUGAGUACUGUGAAUUCUAUGUCAUUGGGUUCGAGAAGGAAGAAGAGCUCCAGAUGCACACGGCGGAAGCACACAAGGGGAUCGAGAACCCUCUUGAAUACCUCCUUGAGAACGCGGCUGCUGCAUUCGAGCUCGACGUGUACGGUAAUGAGAGGGCAAUGCCGAACGACAACAACGCAUUGCCUGUCACCGCUAAGCUCUCUACACUUGGUCCGAACACAGUCAAGCGGGAGACGCUCAAGGUUGAUGGACAAACGCCUGGCAAGAACAUCAAGGCAGGCACGCCCUCUCCAUUUAUCAAGCCAGGAACACCUCCGACCAUUGCUCGUACACCGCAAGGCUUGAAGAGAGCUACGGAAGAUCACGAGCCAGCUUCGUCAUCGCCCAAGAAAAAGACCAUGCUCGACACUAUGAUGGAGAAGGCUGGUGUCACAAUGCCGCCAACUGAGAAGCGAGCGGUUCGAGAUGAGAACCGCAGGCAGACUUCGACACCUCCAAACAUGUGGAGCAGCAAUGAUGCAGAUGAUAACUUUAUGAGAUCGGUCCGCGAGACCCUCAAUGGUCUCGACGAAGUUGCACAAUACCCAGAUAUGGACUGGACCAUGGAUCACUCGCCUGACAUGACACCUUCAAGUUCCAACUCUGGAACCUCGGCCGCGACUUCCAACUUCACAGAUAUCAGCGAGCACGACCGUGUUAAGAUCAUGUUCGAGAGCGAUCCUUUCGGACUUGGCUCUGGCAUACAAUUUGAUCUCAGCGACGAUCUCGGCAUGGGUAUCAUGGGCAUCCAAUCUACAUUCGACAAUAAAAAGGAUGAUCAAAACAAGGCCACACCACCACCUAACUGCAGUUGGGAUGCCAUGUUUGGCGCCAACGCAGGUAUGGACAGAAACGAUACAAACUGGGACAAGGAUCCCAUGGGCAACAGCAUCUUCGAAGGCGUUACCUUUUUCGACGUUUAG